GGGGGGCAAUGUCAUGGCGGUCAGCAUCAUGGCGGCGUCUCUUCCGUGUCUCUACCUCCUCGUCGGCUUCCUUCAGGUUCUCACCCGAGGCCAAGUGCUCCUCCCCCCUCAGCACCAGGUGUUCCUGAGGUCUCGGCGGGCCAACAUGUUCCUCCUGGAGGAGAUCCUUCAGGGGGACCUGGAGCGGGAGUGUCACGAGGAGAAGUGCGACUACGAGGAGGCGCGAGAGUACUUUGAGGACCAGGACAAGGCGGUCGCCUUCUGGUCCGUUUACGUCGACGGGGACCAGUGUGACUCCGCCCCCUGUCUCCACGGGGGGCGCUGCACCGAUGCAGUGGGCGGGUUCAACUGCUCCUGCCCCGCCCCCCACCACGGACCGGCCUGUGAGCUCGGAGGAGCGCCGGCCUCCACGUCGCCCGUCGUUGCAGCAGAGCUCUCCGGAUGCCCGACCGGCGGCCCGGCGGCGUGCCACCAGCUGUGCUCGCCGUCCUCGCGCUCCUUCCGCUGCUCCUGCGUGUCGGGAUUCAAACUCCAGACCGACGGGCGGAGUUGCCGCCCUGAAGCGGCGUUCCCCUGCGGACGGCUUCCCGGCGGCCUCGGCGCCACGCCGCCCGGCGGGCCCUGGCAGGUGUCGCUGCUGAGCAGCGGCGGGGCGGAGCUGUGUGGCGGCGUGGUGCUGGGGCGCCGCUCCGUCCUGACCGCCGCCCGCUGCCUGCUGGCCGGCUCGCCGCCCGACCUCCGACCCUCCAGCUUCAUGGUGGUCGCCGGCGAGGCGCUCGUCCCCGUCCGGGCGCUUCACGUCCACAACGGUUUCCGUCCAGAUCGACAAGACAACGACCUCGCCCUCCUCCAGCUGGCCCGCCCCCUUUCCUUUGGCCCCGCCUCCAUCCACCUCUGUCUGCCUGACAAGGACUUCAGCGAAAAUAUCCUAAUGCAUUCUGGGAGGACGGGCGUGGCCACGAGGCGCGGCGGCGCGCGGACACAGGAACUGGUCUACAUGACGCUGGACGAGUGCCGCGCCCAGGAGAACGUCUCACAUCCACUCAGCAACAAGAUGUUCUGCAUGAGGAGCCAGAACCCACCUUCAGGGAACCAGAACGGACCUUCAGGGAACCAGAACCCACCUUCAGGGAACCAGAACCCACCUUCAGGGAACCAGAACGGACCUUCAGGGAACCAGAACCCACCUUCAGGGAACCAGAACAGACCUUCAGGGAACCAGAAUCGACCUUCAGGGAACCAGAACCGACCUUUAGGGAACCAGAACGGACCUUCAGGGAACCAGAACCCACCUUUAGGGAACCAGAACGGACAUUUAGGGAACCAAAAUAUACCUUUAGGGAACCAGAAUAUACCUUUAGGGAACCAGAACGGACAUUUAGGGAACCAGAAUAUACCUUUAGGGAACCAGAAUGGACAUUUAGGGAACCAGAAUAUACCUUUAGGGAACCAGAACGGACAUUUAGGGAACCAGAAUAUACCUUCAGGGAACCAGAACAGACCUUUAGGGAGCCAUGAUGGACCUUCAGGGAGGUCUGAGCGCCCGUCCAGGUCAGAGGUCGACGGCCUCCUGCCGGGCACGGCGGUGGCCACGGUGGAGCGGGGGACGGCGUUCCUCACCGGGCUGCUGAUGGCGGCGCCGACCGGCGGCGGUCUGGUGUUCACCAAACUGUCCCGGUACCUGAGCUGGAUCAGACCCAGGCUGGAGGAGGCCGAGGACCCCAUGACCCCCCAGGUCCACCAGGUCCACCAGGACCCCAUGACCCCCCAGGUCCACCAGGACCCCGAGGACCCCCCAGGUCCACCAGGACCCCCCAGGUCCACCAGGACCCCGAGGACCCCCCAGGUCCACCAGGACCCCAUGACCCCCCAGGUCCACCAGGACCCGGAGGACCCCAUGACCCCCCAGGUCCACCAGGACCCCAUGACCCCCCAGGUCCACCAGGACCCCAUGACCCCCCAGGUCCACCAGGACCGCUGAUGGUCCCCCCCUGAAAGUCUUCUUCAACACGUUGUAGUAAAUGAUGACUCAGCAGUUUUUGCCCCGAUGUUCCUCUUUGUUCAUAAUAAAUAUUUUAACAGAU